UCUUUAGUGUAAAUAUUAGUUAUUACAUACUAUCGUUUAGAUUUUCGUGUCAAUGGUAUUCAUCUUUAGAUAGAGAAAAAUGUCUUUUUUAGCGUUGAAUACGUAGUUGUCUCAGUACCUAAUAGUUCAAUAAAGUUUAUAUAAAUUGAGAGAACAGAAUGUUUGAUUAUUGUUUACGUAAAUAUAUUAACUAGUGUACAUAACAUAGUGUAAAAAGUAACCGAUUUUUAAAAUGUGGACAUAUGGACAAUUAACUGAUAUUUUGAGACAAUGUAUUAAAUUUGAAUCUGUUUCCGAGCUGUGGAAAAAUCAGCCAACAUACUUGAUAGUCCAAAUAUUAUUUAUAGUUGGAGGAACUGUUACACUCUUACACGCUUUUACUUAUGGAGGAAGACGGCCUUUGCUUUGGUUUACCAUUAUUUGUCAUGGUUUGGUUGUUGAGUGUGUAUGCUAUGCUAUGGACGAUAUAGAUAAUUUUUGGCAUAGUCUUUCACCAAUCAUGUUUUUUGGACAAAGGCUCCCACUGUAUGUUAUAAUUUUGUAUUCAGUGUUUUAUUACAUAGCAAUUGAGAUAGCAUACAGGUCAAACCAGACAAAAAUUGGUUUAAUGGCUAACGUAGGGUUAAAUGUAUUUUUAAUCGAUUUGCCAUACGAUAUAAUGGGUAUAAAAUUUGUUCAUUGGACCUGGCAUGAUACAGAUCCAAACUUAGGGGACCGAAUGUAUUGGGUGCCAUGGACUUCCUAUUACUUCCACAUGGUGUUUUCGGCCAGUUUUGUUUUUUGGUUUUUUUUUAGAAGUGUACAUCUUAAUCAAAAAAAUACAACUAAAACAGAAAUUAUAACUUCACUAAGCGCAAUAUUUCUUAGCACACCAUGUGGUAUAUUAUGUUUUUCUAUUUUAUAUCAUCCAUUACAUGAUCUCUACAACGUCCCGACACAAGUUAUUAUGAUGUUUUUAAUUGCAGUGUAUAUUUUGUUUACAAUUUUAAAACGGAAGCCUAGAUAUAUCAAUAGUUGUCCAUUUAUAAUAAUUCUAUACCUUGUUGUGUAUUAUACAACAUUUUUAUUUAUGGCAAUAUUAGGAAAACCUGAAAAUGAGGUUUCAACAGGACCACAUGAAAUAAUUGGACCAUGCAAUGUAACCGUACCAUCCUUUGGAACAGAAUUAGAAAAACGUAAAUAUUUAUGUGUUGAAGACUAUAAUGAAGAUUUUGAUUUUCAUUGCACAAAGGAAGUCCCAGUUCAAUAUAGUAAAAUAUAUACAAUAUGCGGUACAAUGUUUAAAAAUCGUAUUGAGUAUAUUAUCUUAAUUACAACCAUAAUUAUAGUAGCAUUUACACAUUUUAAUGAGUCCUUUAAAGUAACUAAAAUAAUGAAAAAAUCUAAAUGAUUAUAUUUAAAAUGUAUUUGCAAAUUAUGAAAAUUGUAAAAAAUAGUAAUAAUAAUAGUAUAUGAAUAUAGGAUUACAUAAAUAUAUAGUAAAAAUAAGUUUUUUAAUUUGUUAAAAUUGUUUUCAUGAUGCCAUUUAUUUUUUGGAUAAUGUAGUGUUAAUUGUUAACACAUUUGUCUAAUUAUAACUUUUAAUACAACCAACUUAGUAGACAAUGGAUAAACACAGUAACAUAAAAGGUGUUCUUAGGAUUUGCGACACUAAAAUGAUGCACAUGAAUAACUUUA